GCCCCCCUUGCUUUUCAGGGGACGACGACCUGUUUGUCAACCCCAAGGCGCUGACCGACUACCUCCGCCGGAGCCCCAACGCCUCCCGCUUCAUCCACGGCAACAUCCAGCAUGCCUCGGCGGUCAUGAGGAGGGGCAAGUACGCCGUCCCGCGGGAGCUCUACCCCCUGGACUACUACCCCAACUUUGCCUCCGGAGGCGGGUUCAUCAUGCCGCGGCAGAGGCUGCCGGCCCUCCACCGAGCCUCCCUGGCGCUGCCCGUCUUCCCCCUGGACGACGUCUACCUGGGCUUCCUGGCCCUGUUGGCCCAGAUCCCCCACCGGCACGACCAGGCCUUCAAGGUCUGGGGCAUCCCCAAGGACGAGCUCCCGGCCUACCGGGAGGCCAUUUCCAUCCACGGGGUCAGCCUGGAGAGGAUGGAGGAGGUCUGGAAGCAGCUGGAGGAGCCUCCGAAGGAGACCUGGGCCUGGUCUUAAGGGGUCGCGGCCCCUUGGUCGAGUCGGACUCUGAGGGAGAGAAGGAACAGCCGACG